AUGGAAGGGUUAGUAACCAUUCCGAGUCCAUGGGAUCGCAUUAACAUAUUCUCCAAACUUACAUUCAGUUGGGUGUGGAGUCUAUUCAUUCGGGCGCACAAAAGAGACCUUAAUUUUAGUGAUGUCUACCGGUGCCCAAAAUCAGAUGAGACACAUCUGGUCCGACAUAAGCUUGAAAUCAAAUGGAAUAAACAACUCAAAAGUAAAAGAAAUCCAUCGCUAUUUUGGGCACUAAUGACAUCGUUCGGACCCGAACUUAUUGUAUCUUAUAUUCCCGAUGCAAUCAGGGAAUUGGGGCUCAACCUGUUUCAGGCGUAUUGUAUCACUUAUUUGGUGAGAUAUUUCAACAAUGACCCCAACACUAGCCAGUGGUGGGCACAGUGGGCAGCCGUGGUGGGGGUUAGGAUCCGGGCCGCCUGUUGCGCUCUUAUAUACCGCAAGGGUGACCAGACGUUCCCAGCUAAUCAUAGGGAGGAUUAUAUAAUGUCCGAUAAACAUCAGUCGGGUUCUAAAAUUUUAGCAAAUGUCCUCCAAUUUGCUACUAACUUCUGGUCACCCUACUUGAUAUCCUCAAUGCGUUUAAGUCAUUCAUCACUCGGACAGACAACCGUUGGCCAGAUAUUAAACAUUAUGUCAAACGAUGUCCACAGAUUUGAUGAGUUUACAAUAAUUUCGCGAUCAUUGUUUGUGGCGCCACUGCAGGCGGCAAUUGUGUUAUACCUAUUGUGGCCAUACCUUCGGUGGGCGUGUUUUGCCGGUAUGACAGUAAUGGUGCUGUUUAUACCAUUUCAGGCAUUAAUGGGUCGUAUGUUUCGUAAUAUACGCCUAAAGACGGCCAAAAUAACUGACAGUCGAAUCCGUUUAAUGCAAGAGAUUAUCGCAGGAAUGCGUGUCAUAAAGAUGUACGCCUGGGAACAGCCCUUCGCACUAUUGGUCGCAACCGCUCGCAAGUCUGAAUUGAAACAAAUCCGAUGGUCAAACUUUUUGAAAGGCAUUAAUCAGUCGAUUAAUUUUGUGUUAAUACGGGUUAUAAUAUACGCCUGUUUUCUAACAUAUGUACUGACGGGUGGCCUGUUGUCGGCGGAGACAGCUUUUGCCACUAUUGCUUACUUUAAUGCAUUCCGUAAUAGUAUAGGGAAGAACGCACCCAUGGCCGUUGCUGCUCUGGGUGAAAUUACUGUAGUAAUCAAACGUAUGCAGGAAUUUUUAUUACUCGAAGAGAUGAGUGGUUUGGAUGAAAGGGAAGGGAUGAACGGGUCGUGUGUUUUAGAAGAACAUGAAAAACAAAUUAUAAACAAUUUCAGUACUAAAGAAAACGGAGUUUUCAUUCAUAAAAUGAGCGUUCGUUGGAAUAAUGAGACGACUGAACCCACGCUUCGGGACAUUAGUCUGAGUGUAAAACCCGGACAACUGUUGGCUGUCGUCGGAUCCGUUGGUAGUGGAAAGAGCUCAUUAUUAAUGGCAAUACUGAAUGAGAUAUCGCUAGUGUCGGGUCGUGUGGUAGUGAGGGGUCGGGUGUCGUACGCGCCGCAGGAGUCGUGGGCUUUCAUAGCGAGUGUUCGACAGAAUAUUCUAGAAAUACAAUCGAGUGGUGAANUGUCGUACGCGCCGCAGGAGUCGUGGGCUUUCAUAGCGAGUGUUCGACAGAAUAUUCUGUUUGGCUCUCAAUAUAAUGAAGAGAAAUACAAUCGAGUGGUGAAGGCGUGCGCUUUGGACCGGGAUUUUAAACUCAUGCCAUUUGGGGACAAAACACUUGUGGGGGAGAGAGGGCUGGCAUUGAGUUGCGGACAGAAGGCUAGGCUGAGUCUGGCCCGGGCUCUGUACCACUCGGCAGACAUCUACCUCUUGGACGACCCCCUGAGCGCUGUCGACACACGUGUGGCCAAACAUAUCUACCAAAAAUGUUGUGUUGAGUACCUGAAAGACAAGGCGACUAUUUUAGUGACGCAUAGCAUCCAGUUUCUCAAAGACGCGCAUCAAAUACUUGUGCUCAACGACGGCGAGUGUGUGGCCAUCGGGUCCUACCAUCAGCUCAAAGAGCGCGGCAUUGAACAGUUUCUCAAAGACGCGCAUCAAAUACUUGUGCUCAACGACGGCGAGUGUGUGGCCAUCGGGUCCUACACUCAGCUCAAAGAGCGCGGCAUUGAUCUCAUGGCAUAUCAGAGACAAACCGAUGGACUAAAUGAUACCAGAGCUGUGAAGAGUAGGACAUCUGUCACACCAUCGAUGGUCUCAACCAUUAGUGAGGGAUCGGAAGUGACGGAAGUUUGGGAAGCGGAAGAAGUGGACGAACAGGAAGUAAAGGCCGAACUCAAAAUGAUUGGAUCCGUUGAAUCCAGUGUUUAUUUGGCGUACAUUAAUGCCGGCGCCGGACCUCUGCUCGUAACACUUACCAUUAUAUUUAUAAUCGCUUCGCAAAUUUUCAAUCAAGAGAGUGUUUAUUGGUUAAGCUUAUGGACUAAUAAAAUGAGUGAAAACCCUGAAGAAGUGGAUCAGACAUUCAACACAAUUAUCUACACGUGUCUUACCUGUGGCCGAAUACUAAACAGAUUUUCAAAGGACACGGGAAUUGUGGACGAAAUUUUACCAUCGAGCCGCGAGGGAUAUAAAGCGUUUGGAGGGGUU